ACAACUUGCUUCACUUCCUCCAUUCUCGUGACUGUGCAGUUCAGACUACAGAAUCAACGCGUUUUGGAUCAGUCUCCAUAUAUGAAACCUUAUACAUUGCUUUACAGUGCCAUUAAUUAGUGAAAAUGGCUUCCCAUCUGUCUACUUUCUGCAAAUUUCCAUUCCUUUUUUUGCUCUUUUCUCCAUCUCUUGCAAAUUUCUUGACCUCAACCUCAACCCCAACCGGCACGACAGAGUCAUUUUGCAACUCUACGCCAUACCCAUACUUCUGCAAAUCUUUCUUAUUACCCUUUAACAAGUCCGGCAAUAUCCAUGAUUAUAGCAGAAUCUCCAUUCGUCAAACUUUAUCACAUGGAAGAAAAUUUCUUUCUUUAGUCAAGUAUUUGCUUAAGCUUAACCCAACUUCUUUUUCAUCCACUACUGUUCUUGCUCUUCAAGAUUGCCAAUUUCUAGCUCAACUAAACGUAGAUUCUUUGUCAUACACAUUGGGGUUAAUUAAUUCUACGAACACACUUCCAAGCUUACAAGCAGUUGACUUGCAAACCCUGCUUAGCGCAACUUUGACUAACUUACAGACUUGUUUAGAUGGUGUUCAAGCCUCAAAAUCAGGAUCAACAAGCUUGUCCAGCUUGCUAGCUCCUAUUUCUAAUGGGACUAAGCAUUGUAGUGUCUCUCUUGCAUUUUUCACACACGGUUGGAUUAAUUCUGGUAAGAAGAAAGGAAGAAUUCUAUCAGAAAGAAAGCAUGUAUUUUCUGAUAUCAAGAAUGGUAUUAAAGAUGGUUUGCCUUUGAAGAUGUCAAAUAAAGAUCAAGAAAUUUACGAGUCUUUUAACAAAAGAAAGCUCCUUCAAACAACUGGGAUUACUAGUGUAAAGCUCCUUCAAACAACUGGGAUUACUAGUGUAUUGGUUAAUCAAAUGGUGGUCGUGAGCAAGAAAUUAGGAAUUGGGAACUUCACAAGUAUUAAUGAUGCAGUUUCUGCUGCACCAAAUAAUACUGCUAAUACUGGAAGUGGCUACUUUGUAAUUUAUGUAGUGAAAGGAGUUUACCAAGAAUAUGUUUCUAUUCCUUCAAACAAGCAAAAUAUAAUGAUAAUUGGAGAUGGCAUUGGCAAGACUGUCAUUACUGGUAAUCGCAGCGUAAUUGAUGGCUGGACUACUUUCAAUUCAGCAACAUUUGCUGUUGUUGGCCAAGGAUUUGUUGCUGUGAACAUAACAUUUCGCAACACAGCCGGAGCCAUUAAACAUCAAGCAGUAGCAGUUAGAAAUGGAGCAGACAUGUCUGCAUUUUAUAGAUGUAGUUUUGAAGGGUAUCAAGACACACUAUAUGCACAUUCUUUAAGGCAAUUCUAUAGAGAUUGUGAAAUAUAUGGCACCAUCGAUUACAUAUUUGGUAACGCUGCAGUUGUUUUUCAAAACUGCAAAAUUAGUUCAAGACUUCCAUUAAAUUUUCAGUAUAAUACUAUAACUGCACAAGGUAGAACUGAUCCUAAUCAAAACACAGGCAUUUCAAUACAAAACUGCAGUAUAAAAGCAGCUAAGGACUUGGCUACUAGUAAUGUUACUAUUAGAACAUACUUAGGCAGGCCAUGGAAGGAAUAUUCAAGAACUAUUUUUAUGGAAUCAUAUAUUGCUAGCUUAAUUGAUCCUACUGGAUGGGCUCCAUGGUCUGGAGAUUUUGCACUUUCUACACUUUAUUAUGCAGAAUUUAAUAAUUCUGGCGUAGGUUCAAAAACUGCGAAUAGAGUCACAUGGUCUGGCUAUCACUUGAUUAAUGCAACUGAAGCAGCUAACUUUACUGUGUCCAACUUUACUCAAGGAGAUGUGUGGUUGCCGGCGACCGGAAUAUCUUUCACUGGUGGUUUACUGUCAACGAUUUCAUGAUUAGUCUCGUUGCAAAUUUGGUUUAUUAUAAUUAUUUUUUUCAUUAUUGCUUGUAAUUUC